GGUGAUGAAAAUGAAGCAGAGAGACCAGAAGAAGAAAAAUCUAGUGCUCCACCUCCACCUGGAAGUGAAGAGGAAGCUGCAGAAAAUGGCGUUGUGAAAACGGUAGUGGCAGAGGCUGAGGAUGACAGUGAUAGUGAUAGUGAUGAUGAUGAAGAUGAUGUUCAAGUCACCAUAGGGGAUAUUAAAACAGGAGCUCCACAGUUUAGUUAUGGAGCAGCACCUGUGAAUCUCAAUAUUAAGACAGGAGGACGAGCUUAUGGAUCUUCUGGCGCAAAAGUUAAAGGAGUGGACCUGGAUGCACCAGGCAGUAUCAAUGGUGUGCCACUUUUGGAAGUGGAUUUAGAUUCUUUUGAAGAUAAACCUUGGAGAAAGCCAGGGGCUGACCUGUCCGAUUACUUUAACUAUGGGUUCAAUGAAGAUACCUGGAAAGCUUACUGUGAAAAACAAAAGAGAAUACGAAUGGGUCUUGAAAUUUUACCAGUUACCUCAGCCACCAAUAAAAUUACGGUACAGCAGGGCAGAACUGGAAAUUUGGAGAAAGAGUUGGCAGUGCAGUCGACCAAACCUGAUUUCACAUCUCCUCCUGCCUUAUUCAAAUCAGGAAUUCCAACAAACAGGCGAUUAUCUGGCACCAUAGAUGUGAUUGGACAGAGCAUCACUAUCAGCAGGGUGGAAGGACGACGGCGUGCUAAUGAGAACAGCAACAUACAGGUUCUUUCAGAACGCUCUAAUCCUGAAGUAGACAAUUUUACCAAGCCACCUCCAUUUUUCCCUCCAGGAGCUCCACCUACCCACCUUCCACCACCUCCUUUCCUCCCACCCCCUCCAACUGUUAGUACUGCUCCACCUCUGAUUCCCCCACCAGGUAAAUAUCCUGUACUACAAAGGAUAUGAACAAUUCAUUAGCAUCAAAUACUUGAGAUGCAUUGUGCAGAAUUUCAGAAUUUUGUGCUCUACUGUUUUCUUAAAUAUAUCUGUAAGGCAGAAACAGAAAAUGUAGCUUUACUUUGUUAGUAAGCAUAAUCCUAAGUAGUAAAUAAUGACCUAAAGGCUAACUGUUGGUUCUUGUGUUCAUGAAAUGCUUGAAGUGAGAAGCUGUUUUCUGUAAUUCAAUAACUGUUAAUGCUAUUGAGAGGUACAUGUUAACAAGUCAUUCUACAAACUUCUGAAGUAGAAGUAUGGCAUACCAUGAAUUUGUGUCCCAAGUUGGGUUCUCUGGUGUCUAAGGUCAGAGCAGCAAGAGAACUUCUAAUUCCCCUUUUCCCUCACAGCAUGUGUGAAUUC